UUCCCCACCCAGCCACGGGAUGGAUAACGUCCUCCCGAUGGACUCAGACCUCUUCCCAAACAUCUCCACCAACACUUCGGAGACCAACCAGUUCGUGCAGCCAACCUGGCAGAUCGUCCUCUGGGCAGCUGCCUACACGGCCAUCGUGGUGACCUCCGUGGUGGGCAACGUGGUGGUGAUGUGGAUCAUCCUGGCUCACAAGAGGAUGAGGACGGUCACCAACUACUUCCUGGUGAACCUGGCCUUCGCGGAGGCCUCCAUGGCCGCCUUCAACACGGUGGUGAACUUCACCUACGCCGUCCACAACGAGUGGUACUACGGCCUGUUCUACUGCAAGUUCCACAACUUCUUCCCCAUCGCCUCGGUCUUUGCCAGCAUCUACUCCAUGACGGCCGUGGCCUUGGACCGGUACAUGGCCAUCAUCCAUCCCCUCAAGCCCCGGCUGACGGGGACAGCCACCAAGGUGGUCAUCUUUGUCAUCUGGGUCCUGGCUCUCCUGCUGGCCUUCCCCCAGGGCUACUACGCAACCACGGUGACCAUGCCUAACAGGAUGGUGUGCAUGAUCCAAUGGCCGGAACACCACAACAAGAUUUACGAGAAAGUGUACCACAUUUGCGUGCCUGUGCUGAUCUACUUCCUCCCCCUGCUGGUGAUCGGCUAUGCGUACACCAUCGUAGGAAUCACGCUGUGGGCCAGCGAGAUCCCCGGGGACUCCUCUGACCGUUAUCACGAGCAAGUCUCUGCUAAACGCAAGGUGGUCAAGAUGAUGAUCGUUGUGGUGUGCACUUUUGCCGUCUGCUGGCUGCCCUUCCACAUCUUCUUUCUCCUGCCCUACAUCAACCCAGAUAUCUACCUGGAGAAGUUUAUUCAGCAGUUCUACCUGGCUAUCAUGUGGUUGGCCAUGAGCUCCACCAUGUAUAACCCAAUCAUCUACUGCUGCCUCAAUGACCGGUUCCGGCUGGGCUUCAAGCAUGCCUUCCGGUGCUGCCCGUUCAUCAGUGCCGGCGACUACGAGGGGCUGGAGAUGAAGUCCACCCGGUAUCUCCAGGCCCAGGGCAGUGUGUAUAAAGUCAGCCGCCUGGAAACCACCAUUUCCACGGUGGUGGGGAACCAUGAAGAAGAACUGGAGGAAGGCCCCAAGGCCACGCCCUCACCCGUGGACCUGACCUCCAAUGGCUCCUCUCGCAGUGAGUCCAAGACCAUGUCGGAGAGCUUCAGCUUCUACUCCAACAUGCUCUCCUAGGCCCUGGGCCUUCAACAGAGGCAGCCACCAUCGUCUUUAUCUUGCUUCACUUCAUGCAUGGAUAACUCCUCGAUCUAGAAACCAUCAGAAUCACCCUAACAAUUGUGAAAGGGGUCAGAAUGGUUUAGGAAACACAUUCCAUCCUGGAAUCCAAAAACCUGGAUUCUUCCAUGUCGUUGCCAACCCCAUGCUGUGUGACCCAAGGCAAAUCACUGAACUUCUCUGAGCCUGUAAAAUGGGAAGAUUAGUCCUUUACAGUCCAUUCCAUGGUUCUAGAAAAAAGUUUGGCUGUGAAUGAGCACUCAUUUCCAGAUGAAUCCUGCAAUGGAGCAACAGACCCAACUGAUCUGUUUGCCUGGAGUCUCUGUUCUACUUCAAUGAAGCCAUUCUCGGUCAUGCUCAGAUUACCCUCCUUUCGCUGGUGAAUGUCUUCUUUUGAUAGAGUGAACAAACAAAGGACCCACAGAAAAUCUGAAAGAGAUACUUAACCCUGUUUUCUGAGCACCCGUGAAAAGAAGACAAAGUCUACCCCUUUUUGGGCAUCUCAAUAUUUUAGGCCAUUUAAACAUCAUGGGAUUGAGAGCCUCAGAUUCAUCUGCAUUGUGUCCCCAGGAACUGCCCUGAGCAACUAACUGAUGCAGGCAGACUGUGUCCACUGAUCCCAGCUGAUGCCUGUUAGGACCAAGAGUCAGGAGAGUCCUCUCUUUCCUUAUUUGUAAAACUAUGGGACUGAACGAGAUCAUCUAAGUGUCCCUUCAAAUUUCCAAUGGCUUAAUGAACAUAAAUUUUUUGUUUGUUUCACACACAAAAAAAUGGUGGUCUCAGAAAGAAUAGGAAAAGAGAGUGAAGUGACUUAAUACUCCUGGAAAGUAGCAACUGCUGCGACCAUGUGUCCACACCCAUAUCAGACAUUCUGAUUUAUCCUAAAAUGUGAGUACUUUUUUGUCUAGUAAGUUUGUAGCCUUUAACACAGUGGAGGAUUUGGUAUCAAAGCCUGCACCUCUUCACUAGGAUUUAGCAGACUGAGCCUGCAGCUGGAGAUAACAUCAGGGAAACGAAUUCAUGGGCUCCCUGAUCUGGCCUUUUGGUUGUAUUAGGACAGAGGCACCAGCUUUGCGGUAACAUCUCAUAUGUGCUCAGAUGUUCAGUGAGCAAAGGGAUUGCAGCAGCACCUCAGGGAAGAGGACACCUUGCAUUUUCCCUUUAGACUCUGAAUCUCCCCUCCUGACCCCAUGGCUUUGCUGGCAGUCUUUCUAUAAGAAGUGAGACAACACACUGACCUUACAGUACAGUUCAUCUACCGAGAGCCAUGAACUUAAGGCUUCAUGUCCCAGUACAGCUUAGGGAUUUCCAUCAACUGAGCAUGCAGCACCUUCCUCUCUUCCAGAGUCAUGCUUUGUCCCAUUGUGGCUGAAAGCAGAAGCCUCAUGUCACACUUAUGAAUGUCCUCCUUAUUGUUUGAAGAAUGAAGGCACGUGUGCUGCAUCUGUAGUAUGGAAGGAAAACAGCACUGCCCACAGAGCUUACAGCCUCACCAACCCUGCUGGCUCUAACUCUGCCAGGCCAUGAGUGUGCAUCAGAAUCAUGAGUGUGCAUGGGGAUGGGCGGGAGGAAAUAGUGGGGUUUAGCAACAGUAUAAGUCAGAAGGACCCAAGAACUAUACUCUUCAAAGCCUCAUGGGAAGGAUCAAAUAAAUUGAGUAAAGCCAGCUCAGUGCAGAUAUAUGAACGGAAGACAUAAUUUAGAGACUGCAAAAGUCAGUGAUGAAAGCAUUAGUCAGACUUCCAAUAAACAACUGUGCCGUGCGUGGAUAAUUCUCUUCCAAGGGUCAUAGAGAACCAGCAUGAUUAUGAGAAGAACUCAAGAAGAAAGUGUCAAGGACUUGGGUUGGAAUUGAAUUCAACAAGAAUUAUUGAGUACCUGCUCUGGACUUGGCCCUGAGCUGGGAAUACAUGGCUCCUUUCACUCUUUAGAGCCAUAGCUAACCAAGCAGUCCUAGGGGGUCGAGGCCACCAGCAGGCAUGGAGGCAGCUGUGAAGUUGAUUCUUCCCAGGAUUCUAAAGACUUAAUAUGUGUAAUUGAGUCAAGGACUGAGACCUUCAGAGAGCCUUUUGCAGUGAGAGUUCUCUGAGGUCACGUUAAGGAACACCACCAGGCAGUCCAGGGGAUCUUGCGAGACAUGGUUGGACAGCUUCAUCACUGCACAUAGAGGGAGGGGGGGAGAGUGCUGAGCAGUUUUAAAUAUGGCCAAACAUCCCCUAUGAACCAGCCCAGCAGGCCUUCCUCCGACCCAUUCUCAGCACCUGUGUAACUUGUAAAAAACGUCAUCAGCUCCCACAUGUGAGAAACACCAUGAUUGCAUGGGCUCGUUCUUAUAGAAAUGUGUCACCCUAUGUUUAUCUUCUAAGUGUUUCUCUGCGGCGUACUGUUCAGUAGUAAUAGAAUAUAACACAUCAUGGGCCAGUCUUUGUUAUGUUAACUUCCAAAAUAUGGGAUUCAGUUGCUGUCAAUGUGUUCUUUGUAUUGUGCCAACCUCUUCUCCUCAGUCUUUUCACAGAGAGGAGCUGAUGUACACCGUGAACUCACAGUCAAACCACAGUGACAGGGGGUGAGGUGGGGAGGGGGCAGGCCUCUAUGGGAGGAACUUAAAGGGCAGGAGUUCUUGUCCUCUCCCCCCACACACACCAUAAUGCUGAGACAUGCUGGAAGGUCCUUUCUUUUGGAAGGACUGGGGGACUUCUUCAAAAAGAGGAGCUGGGAAGCCGACCUCUCUGAUUUGGCUUUCGGGGAGAAUCCUGUAUGUGGAACAGGGUCAUUCCUGGAGUUCCCAUUUUCCAGCCUGGGAUCCUGGAAAGAAUUUCCGUGCAGAAAUAAAGUAUGUGUUUGACUAUC